ACUCUUUUCAGUUGCGUACGUCAUUUUUCAAACUUAGUUUUUGCGUUUAUUUGAGGGCACCUUUCCUCACAUCUGCAGUUUUUUCCUUUUCCAUUUAGCUUAGACCACAGAACCAUAAAGCCUCGCAUGCAUUUUUGCGUGGUACGAAGACUUGGCUUAAGGUGAUAGGUUUUUGAGCAAACACCAGACUCAACGUCUUGUUAGGAAAACCCAGAUUUUCACCCCGAAAAGACGCGUGGAAGCACUAUCACAAAAGCAGGCUGCUUCCUGGUGGAUAGUCCGAACAUCCCAGCACCCGCACGCUGUGACGCCCUGGGCAGAGCUGUCAGGACUGACGGCAGCCUUCAGCCGCAGCCCCUGCCCGCCGCCGCUCGCAGCCAGCCGUGUGCCGCCGCCGCUCGCAGCCAGCCGUGUGCUCGCUGCAAGCAAAAGCCGACUCGGUGGCGGCGCGGCGGCGUUGGGCGCUCGCUCGCUGGCGUUUUGUCGCCGUUCCUGCCGGCGGGGGAGGCUCGGCCGCCGAGAGGAGCGGCCUCUUUAAGAAGCCCCCGUGUAAGUAGCUGGAGCAGGCUGCCAAGUGCGGGAGAAGCUCAGCUUUACUGCGAGGCCCGCGCCCGAGUGUAACCUAACCGGCUGGAGGCUCCGCCGCCCCUGAUUGACAGCAGGACCAGCAUUAUGCAAAUGGCGCGGGGAGCGCGGCGGCGGCCGGGGGCUCUGUCAGGGAGCUCUCUACACACGCCGCCCGCGCCCUGUAACGUGCCGUGCGGUUCACAAAGCAAUUGUUGCUUUUUUGGGGACGACGUUACAUGUAAAAUCAUCUCGAGCGCGGUUUCGGUUCGAGAUAACGUGUGAGGCAGCUAGGGAGAUGUGUUAGAGCUUGGUACUCGAGCUAAAUUAGGUAAUUUUUAGCUGGGUAAUGUGCUAAUCUGUAAACCUCUAUGUUUUUAAAUCCUGCGUACGCCCGGUCUCUUCAUACAAAAGUGUAUUUUGCUUGUUUCUUCUCGUCUUCUUCAGUCUGAAGCCUUAUGUAGGUCAGGCUUGGCUUAAGCAGAUUUCCUGAACCUGCGUCAGCUUAAGCUGAAGGAAUUUUAAUAAACCCUCCCUUGUAGGCGUGGGCCUAAAUGAGACUAGCCUAGUUAAGCCUGAUCUUUUUCUGUUUGUGAAAGAGCUGAGCAGAGCUAGGAACUGCAUGGUGGCUUCAGAAACGGCUUCCUUAAUUCAAAGAUAACAAUGGUUGGGAAGGCCAGAUCUUCUAAUUUUACCUUACCUGAAAAGCUCGAUUUGCUAAAACUCGUGAAGCCGUACGUUAAAAUUCUCGAAGAACAUACCAAUAAGCAUUCUGUAAUAGUGGAAAAAAACAAAUGCUGGGAUAUCAUAGCUGAUAACUACAAUGCCAUCGGAGUAGAUCGCCCUCCUCGUACUGCACAGGGCCUGCGCACGCUGUACAAGAGGCUCAAAGAAUAUGCCAAACAGGAGCUAUUGCAGCAAAAGGAGACUCACUCAGAUUGUAAAAGCAGCAUUUCCGAGCCAACCAAGAAAGUUGUAGAGAUGAUUCCACAGAUUUCCAGUGUGUGUUUAAGAGACAGGAGCGGUGCUCAAAGUGCUAGUAUCAAUAAAGAAACAAUUGCUGGUACCAGUUCACCACAGGCAAUGUUGGAUCACCAUCCUGCAACAGUCAUGAUGGAGUUGCAGUUGGAAGAGGAUGUCAAACCUCCUCCUUCUUUGAUUAUAGACUCACAGCAAAAUGAGAGCUUAGAGGAAGAACAACAGCUGGUCCAUGUUAUGGAAAGGUCUCCUUCAACAUCAGUAUCUUCAGUUGAUAUGAGAGUGAUGAUGCCUCCCUCUCCUGUACCAAGAAGAGAAGAGUUUUUUAGGCUUGAGGUUGGAGAACGCUUUAGACCUAUAUGUGGUUAUGACCCACAGAUGUUACAAAUGCUGAAAGAAGAGCAUCAAAUAAUAAUAGAAAAUCAAAGAAAAAUUGGUCUUUAUGUCCAAGAAAAAAGGGAUGGUUUGAAAAGAAAGCAACAACUGGAAGAAGAACUGUUGCGAGCAAAAAUCAAAGUAGAGAAGCUGAAGGCGAUACGACUACGCCAUGAUCUGCCAGAAUACAGCAACAUCUAAAUGUUUUAUGACUUCCGCCAUAUUAUUUGAAAUGAUAAUAAACGCUCUUGCCCUAUCAAAAUUGUUCUUUAUGUUAAUAUGGUUGGAUCAAAAUACGAGCUUGAGAGGUGAAAGCAUAUUUUCCAUGUUGUUCACGUACCCUAGAAAAAUACCUCGUAUGGAUUUGAAUGCACCAACUCAUCUGGUCUGAAGUAUAAUCAAGUCCUGUAUAUUUAAGUGUUUAGGUUGAUAAAAAUCUGAACUUUUGAAAUAUUUCCACUUAAUCUCUGAGUUGUGAUGAGCUAAUGGAAAUUUAGCUCAGCUCUUGUAAAAAAAUUUGAUCGUAUGCAUUAUUUUUCCAAAUAAUCACCUAUUCUUUAAUAUCUUAAUGAAGUUGCAGAUUAAUAAGUUCAUGUAAAAAGGAAGAAUAAGAGGCUGUUUAAAUGUCUUAUUCUUUUCAAGUUUGUAAAUCUUAUGACGGUGAGAUUUUGCUGGUAUAUCAGCUUGGAAAAGAAAAUUACCCAUUUGUUACAUUUUUUUUUAAUGUUCAGUAGGCAGUUGAAUAAAUGUACAUCUUUAUAAAAGUUAAUACUUUCUAUUGUUUCCAGUGGAGUUUUUCCAUAGGAUGUUAUCAAAAUAGAGACAAUGAAUGCAACGCUUGGUUUUUAAAACUGCAUGCAUGUGUAAUUUGUGUGUAUAGUACACAAUGAUCGUAUAUUCAGUUAUAGUAAUUAUACUGGUGAUCAACCACAAAAAUGUCUAAUUUCCUCACUUGCAUGCAUAAUUACUACAGUGCAUGUGCAACCAAGACAGUUGCAGGUGCCUUUGAUCAAUAUCACUGACUAUAAGCUACUGAAAUGAAAUGGUUUCUGUAUGUAAGUAACAUGUGACUUGAAAUCAACAGAAGAUUCUGUGUUAUUCUGUGUACCUUUUAUAAAUGCUGUUGUUCUGGUCUUUCGAUUAGUUUCAAAUAAAAAGCCCCAAAUGAAAAGGAAAUUGAUUCUUCUCUCUGUCCUAGUAAGCAGCCAUUUCCUCUGCAGUUACAAUCAACGUUCAUAACUGGAAGAAAAAUACCUGGAAAGCAUAAGUCCCAGAUCAUUCAUUUCUUCACAAUUCUUAGUCUCCUGCCUGUUAUGAAUGGAUCCACAACUGCCUUAGACCUCUGGUUCCUUAUUCCCUGUAACAAUACUUUCUCCUUCCUCUGACCUUUAGCACUAGAAAAGGAAAUGAAGCACGGCAUCAAGGAAAAAGAACAAAGGACAUGUAAUUUCUCCUAUACUUCCCAUCUCAGAGGGUCUCAACAACAGAAAGAACAAAAGCAAUAGGAAUGAGAAUAUUUCUUCCUGCGACUGCUUGUAACUGUUGCUCCUGUUGCUCCUGUUGCCACUGUUUUCCCAAAUUUGCUUCUUCCUCCAUUCCCACAGAACCUCAGCCUAUGAGCAUGGGGCACUGGUCUGCAUCAGCAGACUCUGAAUGAGGUAAGCCUCUCACCUCCUCGUUGGUCUUCUGAAUGAGUCAGGUUACCUUUGUAGCCACAGGAAUAAAUUCUUACUAAAAACUGAAGGUUGGAAGGGUGUAAGCUUAAUUGAGUGGCCAGUGGAGCUUAGGGAAUUAUAGUUAAAAUCUUACGGUAGUGUUACGAGAGAAACAGUCGUGACUGUUGCUGCUCAGGAUAACUUCAACAGGUUACAGGUGGGAAGAGUAGAGAAAGCAAGUCUUGUUUACAAACUGAGGAAGACUGAGAAAAAUCCAGACAGUGAAAACAGAGGUUAUCAAUAUGGAGUUUUCCUCUUCCAGUUGUUUUCUAGAGAAGAGAGCACUAUAACAGUUUGUUCUGUUGGGAAUUUUUGCAUGUGCUGAAAAUGAUGAUGCCUGAGUAAGUGGCCUCUGUUUCUGUACAGUCCUUGGCUUUCUGCUGUGUUUUUCAGUUCAAGGACAUUGAUCUGUUUCUGUAUAGCUGGAAACACUUAAAUGAGAUACUCACUUCCCUGAGUUCACCAGAGUGAAAAUACUGGCUUUAAUAAAUAAAUAAGGAUUUUAUUUGUUCUACUUCUCAGAAAUAGGAAACAGCAAUAAAUUCUCUGCAUUUGUCUUAUAAUUUGGAAGUGUCUGAUCUGGUCCUUUCAGUUGAAAAUCAGAUUUCCGGUUUCAAGUGGUAAGGAAUUAAUUUCUAUUUGUUGAUUCUGUCCUUACAUAUUAUGCAAAUGAACAAGUUUUUAAUAGUUCAGAAAAUAAUUCCCAUAUGGCUCAUUAUAUUAACAGUGGGUUUGAUUUAUAGCCAGUCUUAUGUUGGCCACCAAAAUGCUCUAGAGACUUGAGAGUAUUUUGUGUUGAAUUCUCCAUUCUCCUUGAGCUAGAUGAAGAGGUGACCUCGAGGGUUUCUAUUGGCAUGGUAUUUUUAUUUUGAGGACUAGAACCAAAGGAAUUUCCAGUCUUUGAAAGCUUGCAGUCCUUUCUGAACUGGCAGGCAAAGCAGAUGCAAAAACAGGACUAUGGGUAGAGAAAAGUCUGCCGUGUAUUCUUAGUAUUGGAAAGGGAAGGAUGCAAAUGAUUAGAGAAAUAAAAUACCACCGGCCUAGUCAGAACUGUCUCUUUAUAAGCAGUGUUCUUCCACAUUUGGUUGUUCUGGCUUUGUCUUCAUUUCUUAGUGGAAGGCCUUUCUUAUCUGCAGGCAGCACCUCAAGUUCAGAGAUCUCUCAUGCUUCUUGUUUGCUUUGUCCUCAGUUGUGUGUUUCUUUUGGUUUUGGGGGAGCUUGGGAUGGGGGGAGACAUCUCUUGAGUCCCUGCGGAGCUUGCUUGUUUCUCUACCAGUAACAUGAUGUUUACUUCCUUUCACUACAGAAAUGUUUCCUCCUUCAGUGAAAUUAUAUUGCUCUGUCAGUGCAGUAUGGUGCUGCCUGUGCUGGUGGAUCUGCGUUUCUUUCUCACUCCACAUCUGCUUUACAGGAUCAGGUUAUCUGUCUGACUCAGACUUCUCACUUCCCAGCGCCUGUUCCUGGUUUUUUUUUUCCAUGUAUACCUAAUGUGGGUACAUGCACCACAGCUGUGGCUGGACCUUGAAGUGCUAUGAAUUUUUACUGUUCCAGCAAAUGAUAUUUCUUUAGCAUGUGUGAAGGGGCCGAUAGGAAGCCCUUCCCUCCUUCACCCCCAUUCUUAUCCUCUUACUCCCUUCACUACAUCUGGCAGUGCCAUUCCCUGUCUGCAUGUUUAUAAUGUACGUAGUACAGGCAGAGUAAUUUUAGGCAAGGACAAAUUUCUAGCGUAUGUUCAUGUCCUUCUACUAAGAUAACUGAAAUAAACAGGCUCCACAACUAAUUUUAAUUGCUAACACCUAGUGGGCUUAUGUUUAGGAUUAGUGUAAAAAACUGUAACUAUGAUAGCUUUGUGGUAAUUGUGAUAGCGUCUUGUGUACCUUCAUCUGAGCAACGUCUAAUGACCAGUCUGUAAUUUUGUUGGCUGCUCCCUCAUUAUCCUGCUUUUUUUUGGUCCCUCCCUGCUUCCCCCCAUAAGCUUUUGACUCCUGUGGAGUCAUCUCCGUUGAAGUGCUUGCCUUAGAUCAGAAUUCUUAUCAAGUAAAAAUGGUAGGAGAGAGAAGUACUCCCAAGACUGGAGACAUUACUUAUAGUUAAUUUGCUUGUCAUACUCCUGUUUUCAACCAUCUUCCACUGUACUAGCUUCAAUUCCAUUCUUUCAUUUAUAUUUCUAAACAUUUUCUGGAUUAGGAUUUUUUCCCCCCAUACAAUGAAAAUGCAUAGACUUGCACUCUUAUCUUCUUUGGUCAAACUUUAGUUCCACUGGAUUUCCAAUAGGCAAAGUCAGUAAUUGCUUAUAAUUAAGAGCGAGUUGUUUCAAAGUGAGAGGAACAAAUGAGGAAUUGUGAUAUCCAGGCUGGCUGGCUGAACUGUCUUUUAAAAUUAUUUGUAUCUUACUUUAAAGUGCUUUAGGAUAUUUCCGUACAAAUUUUAAUUUUGGUAAAAUCAUAAAAAGAUCACUCAUGAAGAUGUUAAAGUGUUUUUUUCCUAGGAUGCUGAUUACUUUGCUAUUUUGCAUGUGAAAAUAAAGGGAAAUGUUUAAAAAUAA